UUGGGGAGUGUAGGAGUGCAUGAGAUUGGAAAAAGCAAGUGUGUCGAAACAAGCAGGCACAGAGCAGGCAGGACCCACCACGCAGCCCAGACACGGAGGUGUGUGUGCUUGUGGUUUUGGACUUGGCUGUUGACUUAGGGGCUUCUGAGUUGAGUGUACAAGUGGUUACAUCGACAAGAAAACAGCAAUUGCUGUCUCUACCAAGUCCUUCUCUUUCUUUGUAGCUUGCUUGAAGGUAUCUGCAGGAAAUUUUUUUUCCCUGAGAGAAAACAAAGCUGAAAGAAAGGCAAAAGCCAAGACAACUGGAGUGAUUCUAACUUCUAACACCUUAAGGACUUUUUUCCAUCCACCUUCAGGAGCAGACGACUACACUCACUAGAGAAACUCCAGCUCAUCACAACUGUCUCACCACAGCCUCCCAGCCAGAGAAAGAACAAGGGAAUCUGGGGAACCCACCAUUCCAGCCCCCUCCUUCCCCUGCCUUGGCUCCUGGCCCCUCCUCUGCAGGCGCCCCAUGGUACCCUCCACCCCCAGUGGGGCAGGAAGCGUGAAAAAUCUCACUAAUGGGUUUAUUUACUGUCAGACCAGCCGUGAUCUGUCAUUCCCUAGAACCGCUCUACUUGACACUCCUCAUAAUCGAGUGAGCUGCUCAGCUUAGUCUGAACUUUACUUUUACUACCUACUGAGACCAUCAUCACCUCUAGCCUUCCUCCCUGAGAAGGGAGUCCUUGAGUUGAAGUGCCUGUCCCUCAAACCAAUUGACUCCACUGAAACCAAGCAUAGUUGGGAAAACUCUGGUUGUCCCCAACAGAGGGGUGUGCUCUCUGCUUUCAAAGUGAGGCUUGUCUGAAGGAUCUGAAGACUGCUUUGGGAGAUUGAUUGGAGAACAAAAGAUGCGCCUCUGCCUGCUAGCCACCUUGGCAGCUCUGCUUUGGAGUCACGGCACACUCCUGGAAGGGGCUGAAGCCAAAAAAGCACGCAAGAGGCCAAAGGAGAUGACCCCGCAGCACACCGAAGUGUUCAACACAACAUUUUCCAACAGUGAAGAGGAGGAUGAGAGCACAAAGAUCAUAGAGAGCCAAAGAGUUGACCCACAUGGAUCAUGGAUGGAUUUUGUGAAGAGGCCGGUUGGCAAUUUCCCAGCAAAAUGCCGGAAAAGGAAGCGACCACUGCCAGGACCUCAAGGACCUCCUGGACCUCCGGGACCCCAGGGCCCGCCAGGGGCCCCUGGUGCAGAGGUCACUCAAGAGGUUUUGCUGAAGGAGUUUAAAGAAAUGAUCAAAGAAGCAACGGAGAGGAGGGCAUUGGUGGACAGGGCAAGCGGGCAGAGCCAACUUCCCACAACUCUGCUGGCACUGGAGGGUAUGGCGUCAUACAGGAGGAUCGAAGAGGCCUUCCACUGUAAGCUCAGAGGGCCUGUCGUGGUAGACAAGAAGACUCUGACUGAGCUGCAGAACUUCCAGACACCCCCUGCCAAAGGUGCCUUUCUCAGAGGGACGGGAAUGGAUCAGUCCACUGGCCGAUUUACAGCACCCAUCACAGGAAUUUAUCAGUUCUCUGCCAACGUCCAUAUUGACCACAGUGAGGUGAAAAGGAGUAAAAACCAACUCAGGGCCAGAGACAAUGUGAGAGUCCUGAUCUGCAUUGAGUCUCUCUGCCAUCGAUACACGUCUUUGGAAAUGAUCGUUGGUUUGGAGAGUAACAGCAAGAUAUUCACAGUGUAUGUUCAUGGAUUGCUGGAGCUCCAGGCUGGUCAGUAUACCUCCAUAUUUGUGGACAAUGCAGCAGGAGCUUCAAUCACGAUACAGAAUGGUUCGGAUUUCAUGGGCAUGCUGUUGGGAGUAUAGCCUCCCUUCAUUUUUCCUCCCACCUAAGACUGCUUUCUUUUGGACUGCCAUCAAACACUGAAUCAAAUAGUGGACAGCCAGAGGCAGCUAACUGCUCUGCAAAUGCUUCAGUCGAGAUGACUGAACCACUGCACUGACUGUGGCACAUCUGUUUUACGCCACCGUAAAAGACAGUCGGAUGCAACUCUCGUCACAGUUUGGAAUGAAAAGACAGUGUGGAUCUUUAAAUCAGCUGUAGGCAUGCUAAAAAAAUUAUGAAUAUUUUCAUAUGCAACAAAAGUUAUCUUUUGUUUUAUUGGGAUUUUAAGUAUAUGAUAUUGAACAGAAUUUAUUUUGUGAUACACACACACACACACACACACACACACACACACACACACACACACAUAUAUAUGUAUAAAAUCUACAGUAGAUGUAUACAAAGAUAUAUAAUAAGACAAAUGUUGCUUUGGAAAAUGACUCAUGUCUAUAAUACAGAUUCAUUAUUUGAAAAAUUGACUGCUAUUAGCAGAUGACAUAUAUUUUUCAACCUGAGUAAAGGUGCUGGCUAUGGACUCACUGAACCUGACAGAUCCUGUUGUCAUUAUAAUUUCUAAUGUAUACACCUCUGCUUUGUUGGCUUCUAAUGCUCACACAGUAGAUAACACACCAUAACACCCUGCACGAGGAAAAUGAAUCAUGUGAUUGCUCAUAAUGAACACAUUUACCAGCUUGCAAAAGGGCAAAACCUGGAGGCAAUCAAGCGCACCAUAAAAAGCAAUGAUUCUGACUCUGUUUAUUCGUUAUGCCCACUUGAAAACACUUCCAGAUUUGAGCUAGGGUCCUUGGAAUGUAUGUAGGCACUUGGGAAGAGGUGCCUUCAUGACAAAUGAGACAUGUUCGAGAUUCCUGCUGCACUCUUUUCUUGUUUUUGGAUGUGACACAACAACGUUACCAAUGAGCCGUCUCCAUUUUUUGUGCUUGUUGUGGAAAAGCUGAUUCUUUUAUAGCAGACAAAUAUAUGAGUACAGAUACAAUUGUUUAAAGUAUUUAUGUGAGUAUUAGGAUAUCAAUAUGAGAGAGUUCAUAAAUAAUGUGAAUAAGACACCAUUUUAAGCAGAUUUACUCUUCAGGAGUUUGUACUGUAGCAUGGAGCUUGAACAUUUUGACAUUCAAUAAAUGUAAGUAAUAU